UAUUAAUGAAUCUUCCACAACAUACCUAUGAACAAGACGUAAGGGGCUAGAGGACAUUUUAUUACCACUUUGAAACCAUUAUUUGAUCUUUAAAAGGGCAAGGUAUGGUUUCAUGCAAAAACUUCCUGAAAGACGGAUGAAAAUUGAUCAUAUCUUUCCCAAGAAACGUGAUUACAAUGCUACAAUGCCCUUUGACAUACAUUUAGUAUAGGCGUUUCGGGAUAAGGAAUUUCUGUCACUCUUCUGAGUAUUGUGUUAGCUAAUCUACUGCUUCAAAAAUGAUUUGCUGGAAUUGUAUUUUAAAGAAAACAUUUGGACAGUUGCAAUAAAGUUUGACAAUUGAUUUAUUGCACUUGUCUUUGAGUCAUCACCCGGUGCUUAUUUACAGUUUUCCAUAUCUUCCUUUACUUGAUACUUUGAAAACACCUGCUAUUGACGCCAGCGAUCGGAUUGGAUGGAUACUCGCUGGAUACUGCCACCUUGGUGCGAUAAAGAGAGCAAAAUAUUGUUCAGGCUUUCUGCAGGUUUUCUAAUUCAGCGAGAAUAACUUUGUUGUAUGGUAUAAUAAGGUAACUUAAGAUAAGGUUUGGUCAGGUGACUUAAAUCGAACCGUAAGCAAACAAAUUUAAACUCUUGGCUUCAUCAAAAUACUGGCAUGACUCAAUGGCUUUGAUACUUGCGUGCUUACGCAGUCAUGAAACUUCAAUGCACAUGGUAUGAUGUUAAUAUUUAUUUUUGACGCGCAUUUGCCAAUAAUUUUGGUAUUUGGUUCUAUGAAAUGUUAGGGACUGAUUUUAACGGUGUCUUGUCUUUAUGCAAGAGGUAGUUUUUAAGCCCAAUGUUGUCCUUCUUGUGUUGUAACUCCUCUGUUGAAUUAAUGCAAACAUUUUUAUAUUAAACGUUGCUCACAGAGUUUGUUUGCUCAUGGACAAACUCUCAAAAAUGUUACAAAAACAGAGAAUAUCUCUGGGAUUUAUUGAUGGAAAGGAAACCGCUAGGAAAAAUAUUUUUAUGAAUAUAAAAUAGAAAAUUUGGGAGAUUUGCUCUUUAAAAGUAUGGUCAAGAAAGCCUUUUUUAAGUCUUACUUUACCAAUGAUCCUAGCAUGCCAAUAAAGUCCUUGCGAUGUCUAAAAUGUAUCUUUCUUUUAUUUGUGCCAAAGAGUUUAGGUUUUAAACAUGAUAAUUUUUAACUUGACCUCACUUAGUUAAUUCAUAGUUCAAAGGACCAAGGCAGGCUCUGUUUUUAUUAUUGAUGAAAUUACUGAAAAAUGCACAAAGCAUGCCAUGAUGAAGACAUGCAAUACUUUGUUUUGCUAGUGCUCGAAGUCGUAAAUAUACAAAGCAUACUCUUUUAUGAUUGUGCAAUUCAGUUUAUUUGAGCAGGCUGCAACUUUGUUCGGGCCUUGAUUGCUUCAUAGUUUAUUCAGUAGAAGAUUGCUUUAUUAAAAUUUGUUUGAGGCUUUGAAAGAAGUUUAAGCUUGUGGUUAAUAUUUGAUCGAUUGAAACAUAGAAAAGAACCUCAAUGUAAUAGUUAUACUAUACACAGUUAGCUGCAAUGUCGAAAAAGUCGAAUGUCGCUAGCAUUAAAGCUCAGGAAAAGGGAAGAUUUUUCAGGUAACUGGAAGCGUUUCUGACACAAAGAAAGGAUAAUAGAAACAUGUUUGAAUCAUUUUAGAUAAGCCUUGAUAGAAAAAAGCUACAACUAUGCUGCCAAAGGCUCUAGUCAAAUUGGGGCUUCUUUAAAAGAUAGUUUAGAGAUUGAUUGAGCUUUCACUAUGGUGUUAAAUGUUCUUGGCCUACCGUGUCUUUACUGUCUCAUUCAUUCAUUCAUUCAUUCACUCAUUCAUUCAUUUAUUCAUUCAUUCAUUCAUUCAUUCAUUAUUUCAUUCAUUCAUUCAUUCAUUCAUUCAUUCAUUCAUUCAUUCAUUCAUUCAUUCAUUCAUUCAUUCAUUCAUUCAUUCAUUCAUAUCCAAUUAUUUAAGCAUGGUAGCCCAUUCAGCAAUGCUGGUUUACAAGGGGCUAUACAUCUAAACUAAAAUAAAAGCUAACAUAAAAAGAAUAUGGUAAAUAGUUAUAAUAGAUUUAAACAUGACAAGAUACGCUACCCAACCCCUUCUAAGCCAAACUUCCCUCGCAAUUUGCGAUAAUCUUUUGCAUUAUUUUGAAUUCCAUUUCCCUUAAUGUGUCAAAUUUUAUUCACAAUAGAUACAUAUAUAUACAAUGGUUUAAAGCCUGAAGUAUGAUAUUAAAACAAAAAAACAAAAAAAUAAUGUUUGAAUAAGCUCCUUGAUCAGGGUUUAUCUUCCUGCGAGCAACACUCAUGCAAAUUUUGUAUCACUGUACCACCUUUUUCAACGAGCGAAGAAGUAUCUCUUACUCAAAAAAUAGCACCUUAAUUGAGUAAUUUGCUUUUUUUGUAUCCAGCAAAAUAGCAAAAAGAAGUUAAUUCCGGUUACUUUGAUCAACAUGAGUUGCUGAAUGCACUUUGCUGGACAUAUUCGACGAGUCAGUCUUUGAGUCAUCACCCGGUGCUUAUUUGCAGUUUUCUAUAUCUUUUUCUAUAUGAUCCUUUGGAAAACACCUGCUUUUGACGCUAGCGAUUGGAUUUAACUCGCUGGAUACUGCCAUCUUGGUGUGAUCAAAAGGGCAAAAUAUUGUUCGGGCUCUUUUGCGGUUUUCUAAUUUAGCGAAAAUAACUUUGUUGUAUGGUAUAAAAAGGUAACUCAAGAUGAGGUUUAGUCAGGUGACUUAAAUCGAACCGUAAGCAAAAAAAUUUAAACUCUUGGCUUCAUCAAAAUACUGGCAUGACUCAAUGGCUUUGAUACUUGCGUGCUUAUGCAGUCAUGAAACUUCAAUGCACAUGAAUAGCAGAAACGAGGCUGUCUUUUAAUCAUCCAGUUGACUACACUCGUUUUCUAUAAGAGACCUUCUACUAGAAACAGACAGUGGCGUCGCCAGCUCAAAAGAACUGGAGUGGACGAAAACAAAUUCUCUCGGCCACGCCCUUCAGACCCUUGAAAGGUCUGUUUUAGUAUUUUUCAUCUAUUUCGUAAUUUAGUAUAGUAAUUUAUCUUCUUUCUAUUUUUAAGCAAGCAACUUCUCAAGCAGCUUUUUUCGUAACGGUGGCUUUUUUGCAAGUGUGAAAAUCAUUAUCAAUCUGGUAAAGUGGUUGUUCUCUUCAUUUUGUGUAAGCAAUUGUUUUUUUGAAUGAACAGACAAUAACUAGUUUGAGUUGGCAUGAAGAAACAUAAAAACAAAGAAACUUUAUCCAUUUGCCUUGCUUCACUUUCUAGGCUAAUGCCAAGUCUAACUAGAUAGCAAGGUGAACCUUCAAUUUGAGAACCAGUCGUUCAAUAAUUGAUUGUAGGAGGUCUAACACUGAGAUUACCCGUUACAUUUGAUUUCUAUGUGUUUGUGUUCCAAUUCCCCUCAUUUGUGUACAUUUAUACAGCUGUUACUGAAAAAACUGUAAAUCUGUCUAGCAAAACAAUAAGUUUAAACGGUACUAUUGCUAAUCCAAAUAUAAUUUCGUGCGAAAAGAUUUAAGAAAUGCUCAGAGCCUUCGAUUUCCUUAGCAUUUUUAAGUAGCUCCUUUUUCUGCUGGCGCACUCACUGUGAGUUUAUCAGCAACAUGCAGUAGGAGAAUCAUCGAAAUUUGAAUCACGUGGUUUAGUUAUAACUUGUUUAAGCUUAAUGCCACCUAUCCUAUAAAGACAUUUGAACAUUCAGUGAAUUCCAUUUUUUGGUAUAGUAAGUUGAAGAUUCAAACAUGAUACCUGGAGAAGCUAAUAAUAGCUGCUAUGAAGCACCAUUCGUUGUAUCUAGAGCAACUCAUUUAGAGUAGCUGAUUUUUGUAUAGGCUAUGACAGUAGUGAAAAUAAGGUAAGAAAUGUCAUUGGAUGAAAUUUAUUUAAGACAUCAGUCAUCAAUUUGAGAACUUCAAGGGGAAAAUGUCCACCGGGAUAAUUGAAGAAGCAUUCACGUUACCGUCACAGUGUUAGCGUUGAGGGGGGAAUCACUGCACAGAAAUCUUGUAGACUUUUGGUAGAAAUCUUAUUGCUUUAUUUGAAAAUCUCUAGAAAUCCUUUUGUCUUCGUAGAAAUCUCGUAAGCUGUUUGCAGGAAUGAUUUGCCCCUGGGUCAUCCCACCCUUUCCAUUUAAUUGCAAAUAGAAACCUGGUUGAUGCAGCGUACGGUGAUUUGAUAUGAAGCUAAAGGUGAUUUUUCAUUUUUUGAUGAAAAAUGGUUUCUUGCAAUCUGCUCUUUUUAGAAUUUCUGUUUUUGCUUGUAGGUGAUAUCAGAUGGCAGGUUUGGAUACCGCCGAUGCGAUACUCAAGUUUGUAUCCCUGCUUCUUAUUCAAAUCAUUGCUUUUGGGGGCAACAUAUUGAUCCUUGCUGCAGGACUGCGUUGCAAGCAAUUACGCAAAGUAUCAAAUACCUUUAUUUUCAAUGUUGCCAUUGCCGAUUUACUGCAAUCUAUAUUCAUCAUGCCUUUUGGUUUGGCAUCGGUUUACUUCAAAAAAUGGCCACUUGGUACCAAAAUGUGCCAAGUUGUCGCUUUGCUAAAAGUAAUUAUAACUCUUGCCUCCGUACAGUCUUUAGCAGGGAUCAGCCUGGACAGAUACUUUUACAUUGUGAGACACAAAGAAACAGUCGCAACUAAAAAGCGAUUGAUUUCAUCGAUAGCUACUGUAUGGUCUAUCUCAACUGUCCUGGCAGUGUCACCUACAUUUGGCUGGGGCGAACUAGGGUUCGAUGAUGGCAAAACAAUUUGUACGGUAUUGUUCUACAAAAGCCUCUCGCACACAUUAGCUGUCUUUUGCACUGGACUUUUCAUACCUAUAUCAAUCAUGGCGUUUUGCUACAUCAAGAUAUUCAACUCUUUACGGUUGCAACGCCUGAAAAUUCAAACAAGGAAAGACAAUGACUUUGUGCUUGAGAUCCCGAUGCAAACUCUUGCGACUGACGGCAGCAACAGCGAAAUUUGUUUGAGGGACAACACUCACUUCAGCUCAGAAUGUUUUAGCAGAUCUCAACUUGAAAACAAAGAUCCUUUAAAAGGAAAAGUCCAAAUUCACAUAGUGGGCCAGCUUGAAACUGAUGUUAAGAGAAACGCGAGCUCAAAAAUAAACCCAGCAGGUGUUCCAAGACAUGGUAGGAUCCUAACGACCAAAGAAUAUCAUUUGCUGAGAACAGUUAGCCUUGUUAUCCUUGUCUUUCUUCUGUCUUGGUUUCCUUAUGUUCUUUUCAAUAUUCUCAGAGCGUCUCGAGCGGUACAAGACAACAACACAAUGGACACCAUCAACAUGUGGAUGGGCUUUGCAAAUUCUGCCAUGAACCCACUCAUAUACGGGCUACUUAAUGGUCAGUUCAGAUCAGCAAUUGCAAAACUCUUUUAACUUGCGUUGCUCUACAUGUGAAUAAUCUAAAAUGUGAGAAACCACUCUCCAAAUUCUUUGGAAUGUUUUGGCGUCCAACGUGGAAUGGUUUUAAUGCUUGAAGAGACAUAUCAGUAAACUACAUAUUUCGUUUCAUUGCUACCACUCAUCUUGCCAUCUGAACUAACUUAAACGAUCGUUGUAUAGUUCAACAAAUUUCUCAUGUCAGUACGUGUUUGUCGUUUGUUCAUAGUUGUUUCUUUUCAAUGUAUCUCACAGUUUUUCUCUGCUUAUGACUUGCGCACUAUAAAGCAAUUGCCUAGAGCACCCAAUUUAUUUGCCACCAGGUUUAAGUUUUAUUUAGCUUAAGGACAUUACAAUACGUAAUCUUUUAAGUUACUGUAUUUCCUUUAACUAAGAAAACAGAAUCCUACUUAUUAUGCUUAUUAUAGUGUCACUAAAUGUGAAAUUUUUUGCAACUGUAUUUAAUGGGAAGUUCAAUUAACUUCCGUUUAAAGAAAAUGCAGUAUUCCUGGUUAACACUUGUCCCCUUGGUGUGGUUAGUAUGAACACAGAAUCUGCCCAUUCCCUAAUUCCUAGACCAGGUUUGGGGACAGCUGCUGUAGAUUUGAAGAAUUUGUCUGUUUUGUUUUGCAUAUUUUCAUCUCAACUACGAUCUUCGAAAAUUUCCCAAUUACUUACAAGAAUGUUGAUCUGAGCAGGGUGUUUCAUGAUUUUCUUCGUAGGUAAUUUCAAUAGCUAGAUAUUUAGAAUGUAAAAUUAGUGAAAGUCUUGCUUUGUAACAUCGGCUGUCUUAAUUUUCACACGUGUCAGUGUUGGAUUGUAAGAACAAUAAUAUCUUUUAUAUUAUUAGAUGGUAAAUUCAAGUUUUUUUAAACCCCUCCCAAUAAGGAGCUCUUUUAGGGGAUUAAGUAAUCCAUUUGCCUCGUUUUCACGCAACCGUGUGUUUUUGUAAAGUUGAUGGCCUAAGCCAAAAGAUGAAUCAAAAAUUGAUGUCGAA